UGCAUAGUGGUGUCGAAUCACUGCGGCUCAGUCAGGUGUGCAGGCGCAGAAGGCACCCCGGGUGGGUAUGGCGAGCUGGUGGCGUGCGUUUCCACGCGCAGCACGGCGCUAUCCGUGGCCCACCAACGUGCUGCUCUACGCCGGUCUCUUUUCAGCGGGUGAUGCGCUGCAGCAGCGGCUGCGGGGAGGCCCGGCCGACUGGCGCCAGACGCGGCGCGUGGCCACUCUGGCCUUAACCUUCCACGGUAACUUCAACUACGUGUGGCUGCGCCUUCUGGAGCGCGCGCUUCCGGGCCGCGCGCCGCGCACGGUCCUGGCCAAGGUGCUGUGCGAUCAGACUGUCGGUGGGCCGAUUGCCCUCUCUGCCUUCUACGUCGGUAUGAGCAUUCUCCAGGGAAAGGAUGACAUAUUUUUGGACCUGAAACAGAAAUUCUGGAAUACAUAUAAGAGUGGUCUGAUGUACUGGCCUUUUGUGCAGCUGACCAACUUCAGCCUUGUCCCUGUGCACUGGAGAACAGCUUAUACGGGACUGUGUGGUUUCCUUUGGGCCACCUUCCUCUGCUUUUCUCAGCAGAGCGGUGAUGGCACAGUGAAGUCCAUGUUCAUCUUCUUUCGCAGGAAAGAGGUGGGUGAUGGGCCUCCAGAGAAAUGAGGAGUCCAGGACUCCCUUCCAGACUCAGUUACGUUUCUCCAUUGCUCUCAAUCACCUGCGGCAGGCCUGCUUCACUGAGCAGUUGCUAUGGGCUCCAUAGGCCCACUUGUUUCAAAAUGAUUAUUUUAACUGUUAUCCAAAUCCUUCCUAUUCAUUCCAGUCUGAAAGUCUUAUUUCCCUGAUGUUUUCACAUCUCUAAUGCUUUGGUUAAAAUUACAACAGUGACAGGUGGCAUUUUAGAGUUAUUAAUACUUUUAUUCUAAUAUAAGACAAGUUGCAUUUAAAAAAAAAACCCUCUAGUUUUGAUUGUUUAUAUUUCUAGCCUAAACUCUCAGGCAAUUUCCUACACACUUUGGGAUCAAAUUGCCUUUUGUCCUUAUAGUAAGUUUCUAUCUAUAUAGAAUUCAGUCAAGAAGAUUGAAUAACCAGCCUCCUCAGAUACUCAAUAAUAAUUUAUUAUUAUACCAACAAUAAAAUUCUGUAAGCAGAUGUUAUCUUCAAAAAGGAAUAAUGGCCGGGCGGUGGUGGCGCACGCCUUUAAUCCCAGCACUCGGGAGGCAGAGGCAGGCGGAUCUCUGUGAGUUCGAGGCCAGCCUGGUCUACAGAGCGAGAUCCAGGAAAGGCGCAAAGCUACACAGAGAAACCCUGUCUCGAAAAAAAAACCAAAAAAAAAAAAAAAAAAAAAAAAAAAGGAAUAAUGUUGGAUAUCUUCUAUAUAGAAUAUUUUAUUGUUGCUGUCUACUUGUUUUCUUUCUAAGAUAGGGUCUCUCUUUGUGUAGCUCAGGCUACCCUGGAACUCACUAUGUACCCCAGGCUGGGCUUCAGUCUACCAAGUGAUGAGAUUACAGGCAUGAGCCAUCAUGUCUUACUCUUCUACUUUUAUAUUAUACCAUUCAAGUAUACUACCCUUUAAUUGAUAUCUUCUAGCUUUGAGAAGAUACAAUUGACAAGCACUCUAAUUCCUACAUACAUGAAAUAAAAUAUUUGGCUUCUUAAUGAAUUAUAUUAAAUGAAAAUUCUAGAAAACUAAUCAUUUCCUUCCUCUCUAAGGAAGAACUCUAAUCUAUACUCUACCAGUGUACACAGUUUGCAGUAAUCCUCCUGCCUCUGCCUUCCAAAUGCUGGAACUACAACAUGAGCCAUGCCUGGCUCUGUGUGUGUGUGUGUGUGUGUGUGUGUGUGUGUGUGUGUGUGUGUGUGUGUGUGUGUGUGUGUUUAUAGUACUAGGAAUAGAACAUAGAGUCUUGCACAUGCCAGGCAAAAGCUCUGUUACUAGCUACAUCCCAGGAUGCUGACAGUAUUCUUUUAUAAUACAGUGCUUUAAAGUGGACUCAAGAAACAUCAGCCAGUCUUUCACAUUUAUUCAGUUUAUCUAAUCUCAGCCAGUCACCAUCAGGUUUCAAAAUUAUGUAAAUAUCAAGGCGUGGAGGUGUGUGCCUGUCUACUUGGGAGGCUAAUGGAGGAGGAUCACUUCAGCCUAGGAGUUCAAGACUGCACCGGACAAAACAGCAAGUCCCUGUCUCAAAAACCACAAAAACAGAAAAUUUAAAACUAUGACUGUCUCAAGAAAUUUCAACAAUCUCUCCUAAAAACGACCCCCAUGGGUCUGUGGCUUCUACUGGCAUACUUGACAAAUUUCAAGAUGUGAAACACUGAAUUCUGAGUUUAUCUUGAGAAUGUAUAUUUAAGGUCAUUUUUAGAAUUCAUACUUAAAUUUCUAAGCAAGUAAUUUAUAUGGUUUGUAAUAUGUUUGUACUGUCUAAGUGACUAAGUUAUUGGAAUGUAAUAGAUAUGAAUGUAUUUUAUGUUAGGGCAGUAGUAAGAACAUUUCUUGGUGACUGUAUGCUUUUGAAAGUUGGGUGGCUCUAGUGGCCGGCCUGUGUUCAGUAGGUGGGAAUGGGAUCCCUGGGGCAAGAGGGCUUUACUUGAGCAGCUGAAUGGAAUUAAUGAGCUCAGGAUUCAGCAGGAGAUAUUGCAUCAGUGUGGUGGUUUGGAUGAGAAUGGCCCCCAUUGGCUCAUAGAUUUGAUGCUUAAUCAUCAGGGAGUGGAAUUGUUUGAAAGGAUUAGGAGGUGUGGCCUUGUUGGAGUAGGUGUGGCCUUAUGGAAGAAGUGUGUCACUGGGGGUGGGAUUUGGGGUUUCUGAAGCCCGAGCCAGGUCCAGUGUCUCCCUCUCUUCCUGUUGCCUGCGGAUCCAGUUGUAGAACUCUCAGCUGCUUCUCCAACACCAUGUCUGCCUGCAUGCCACCAUGCUUCUCACCAUGAUGAAGGGAGCAGGUAAAAGCACCUUGGCCUGAAUACUGCCAUUUUGACUUCAGACUCCAUUUUACCUGCAGGGUUGAAUAAAGUUCUGGUUCCCAAGUCCUAGGAGAGCUGAGAACUUUCCAAUAGCUGAUCCUACCUCUUUCUUAAACAAUAGAAAUAAUCACUAUGCAUCUUUAGUUCCCUAGAAACAAUAUGACUGUUCCUAACAACAGAAGGAACAAAUGAAUCUGAUUGGUUGGACUGAAAGGUUUGCAUUGUAUAUUGAUUAACAAUGAAGGAACACUCUAAUUUCUAAAUCCUGAUUGGUGAAAAUUGUAACUGUAACUUGGCAACAAAUGUUUGUGAUUUUUGUGCUUAUAAACCCCACUUCUGCCCCUUCUUGGGGCUGUCAGGAGAAACAAGGCUCCCAAGUCCUUGUUCUGCAGCCCUGAUCAAUCAGUGCCCUGUUUAUGUGGUGACUUAAUAAAAUCUUUGGAACCAUAA